AUGGCAACUAUCUACGGAGACGACACAGAUUCUUUUAUUUCAUGGAAAUGUAUAAUUAGUACGACAGACUUUCAAAAUUCUGCCGCCACCUCUCAAAAUAUUGCCGCCACUUCUCAAGAUACCCUGGAGACUGAUACUGAAAAAACAGGUAUUAAUAAGGAAAUUGAAAAAUUGAAAAUAUAUCGCAAUUACUGGUGGAAAACCGGUAACUUCCACCCAAAGGCCAAAUGGGAAGAAGUAAGUUUACCCUAUGAGCUUGUUACCGACGUUUCCUGGGAAGAGUAUGUUGAAAAAACGGAUAAGUACAAUAUCCAUGGCUUGUGGGAUUGGGAAAACGGGGCAGUUAACGUAAUUGAAAUUCCUUCGAGUUUCCACGAUAUCUGCGUUGGUGCUAUUGUCCAGCAAAUUAGUGGAGCAACUAUAAGUGUAAUGAGCACUAAUCAAAGCAUUCUUAAUUUUGGAUCAACAACAACAAGAUCACGAGGAUCAGGUAAAGAAGCGGAUGCCUCGUAUCGACCAUUAGCGAAACCUCGAGUCAAUAAUGGAGGAUCUGACGGAAGAAAUCAGCCCUGGCCAAAUUUAGUAGUGAAGGUUGCGUAUGCAGAAACUGAAGCAGCUGUCAAAAGUAAAGUAGAAAAUUACUGGCUAGCAGCUGGUCGAGCCCAUGAUGCUAUUGUGGUCAAAUUAGAUUAUACUGCAGGCGUAAAACCGUCAUGCAUGACUGCCUGGCAUUAUUGCAUAAAUGUUCGAACAGCGGCUGGUGCGUUAAACCCCACAAUGUACGAAUUCGGAUCAGUUGACCUCCAGGGAAAUCCAAUCAACCCACAACGUGGGCAAAAUGUUAUUAAUAUUCAAUUGAAUUGUCUUUAUCAUGGGGUACCGGUUAAUUUUUUGAUUCCAUCGCCACCUCUACCUAACCCUAUUACGAUUGAUUUAUUUCAUGUUAGGUUCGCUAUUGAAAAUUGUAUUGUUUAA